AUGGAUGGCAGUGCUGUUGAUAACAAACUUAAUAUGUCGUUAGAUGAUAUAAUCAAAAAAGAACGUAAAGCGAAGCAGCGACAACAGGAUAAUAGUGUGCAAAGGGCAGUAAGAAAGCGUGUGCUUGCAAAGCGCAUUAACAGAGGCAAUCGACCAAUUGUCGCGCGUUCAAUUACACGUCGAAACCGCCAACAAACUGCUGUAAAUCAUGGUGUGUCCACAAUAGCUGCAAUGAAAGUUGUCAAUCGACUUGUUAAGAAAGCGAUUCGACGACGAGUCAAUCAGUCACUUAUAAAUCGUGCGGUGACAUUGCGUCGUCGCGCUCUUCGACGGAAUUCUGCUGUGAGACCAGCCGUAUGUUCAGCUGCCAUUCCUCUUUUUGUAUGGGCUGCAAAUGAGUUGGAAAGCGCUCUUCACACAGGGCCCGGCUGCGUUGUAAGAGGACGUGCACGCAGACAAGCAGCAGUUGUCGGAUCACGCCUCGUGGGUCGUUUAUCAGGUGUUAGUCAGAGGUCGCGAAUAAUUCGUAGAAAUACAGGAAGGAGUAUGCGUAGCCAGCCCGUAAUCUUCACUUCACCUCAGAUGAUACGCGGUCGAGGAUUAUCACACAUGGGCCAACUUGCUAGUGAUAGUGAGGCAUUCAUGGUUGAACAGCGUGAAAUUGCUCGUCCAGUGCUUCAACAGAAGGUAUUACGCCGUGGAGUAGUAGCUGCACAACCACAUCGUGAAGUUGUAAUGCAACGUCGUGCACGUCCAGUGAUAGUUGAGCAGCAGCCGAUAAUUAUUCGUCGUGGAGGAAUACGUAAACGCACUAUUUUAAAUGAACCAAGCGUUGUCGUUGUUAGAAAUGCGCCACGACAAGUUCAAUUUCGCACCCAGUCUGAGUUUGGACGUGUUCAACCACAUAAUCGUAUGAUUCGCAAGACGCAAUAUGUCGUUAAUCCAAAUGCAGCGCAAAUGCGUAAAGCAUUGGGAAUUGGUUUGCGAAGAUCGGAGCCACAACGUUUCGAAUCAAGUAGCACAUUUCUUCAACGUAUACCAAUAACCAAUCGUCGAGGACGUGGUUUCCAGGAUGUGCUUUAUAAUUAA